ACAUCAUUCAAACCCCAAAUCAAUCCCAUUAUCCACAACAGGAGAUAACCCACCCACACAGCUCCAUCAACACAACAACAAUGGCGUCUUCAACCUUUUUCACCUGCACAUCACUCAUAGCUCCAAUCAAACCCCUUCACACAACCCCAUCUUCUCACUCCACCGUUUGUCUCGCACACUUGAAGAAAUCAACACCGUUAAACCUCUCAUCAUCACACAGUAUCUCUGUUUUCUCCCCACUUGUUCCAAACAGAGCCCCAAUUGUAUCUUCCCCUAAUGGAAAGCCCCAAUCCCUCACAAUUGUAGCUGCAAAAGGGUAUAAGAUGAAAACCCAUAAGGCUUCAGCAAAGAGGUUUAGGGUGACAGGAACAGGGAAGAUUGUGAGGAGGAGAGCUGGGAAGCAGCAUUUGCUUAGAAAGAAGAAUGCUAAGAGGAGAAACCGUCUCUCGAAAACGGUACAAGUUGAUCGCAGUGACUAUAACAAUGUCAUUGGCGCGUUGCCUUAUCUGAAGGUUAAUCGGGCCAAUUAGCCUUGUAGCAUUUCAUGAAGACCGAAACGGGUUGCAGAUUCUAGCAGAGUUGAUAGCUUUGUGAUUGUUAACUUGUUGUUACUCUUCUCAUCUUGUUGUAUUUAUGGUUUAAGUUGCUGGUCUUUUUUUAAGUUUUUCAAUUCAUGUAAUUUAUAGUCACCGCAAAAAAACUAAGGAGUCGUUUGGUUUGCGGUUUUUUACUUA